AUGGAAUCAUCUAGUUCACCGCCACAAACGAUAGCGACGCAAACCAAUCAAAUUCACAGUUCCACGACACCCACGCAAACCGUAUCCAGUCAAAUUUCCGUAAACGCGCAAUCCGCAGCUGCUGCUGCGCCCAACGUCGUUGCGAUUCCCGUGCCCGUUGUGCCGCCCCUCGAGAGCACCUACUACUACGUUUUCGUGCGCGGAAGCAUCUAUUCGGACUUUGGUUCGUUAUUUGGACUCACGCAAGACGAAAUUACGGCAUUGAGUACGCGCUACAACAACAAAGUAUCGUGCGUCGACAACGGGAUUAUGAUCAAAGCACCUCCCGUUGAUCUCAUCAAUUCACUUGCACAGCUCGGCUAUAAAGUUGUUUGCGCCACAGGCGAGUCGGAAAUCACUUGGACCUUACAGCGCGAAGGAUAA